AUGUCGUGGAAGUCGUCGGAGAGACUGAUGAACACCAUCCGCCACUAUGCCGGGUUUCCUGCCACCGGCGUGAGCUUGCGCCAGAUGGUGCAGUUUGGUGACAAGCCGUCGAUAGGCACCCUGUUCCGCGCCUCGCAAUUCUUGGCCGAGGAGUUGCCAAUCCGCCUUGCACAUCGCGUCCAGGAGCUAGACGACUUGCCAGAUGGGUUAAAUGAAAUGCCGUCUGUCAUGAAGGUCAAAGAUUGGUACGCUCAGUCGUUUGAGGAAAUCACACAGCUCCCGCGGCCGACUCUGAGCAAAGAGGUUCGCGAUCGUCUCAUGAAACCCAGCAAGGGCAACGGGCGCCAUAUUUUUCAACGACUCUCCGAAGCCACACCUAACCCCUCUAUCGAUGAGGGCGACUCUUCGGGCUGGGGUGGGCUAACGAAUUCUAGUAAUGGCAACGGCAAGGCAAAGUCGCUGUCAAGGAGAUAUUUCGCCACCGUUGACGACACGGGCGAUUGGCCUGGCGACCUUCAGCUUUACAAUCAAAGAUUUGCGCAGACCCUUCACACAAUCAAGAGGAGACAUGAUGGAGUUGUUACCACAAUGGCUCAGGGCAUCUUGGAGUACAAGCGGCGCCGUCAGCGAAUGCAAAUUGACGGCACCAUACAAUCUUUCCUCGACCGAUUCUACAUGUCCCGUAUUGGAAUCCGAAUGCUCAUCGGCCAGCACAUUGCCCUCACUGACCAGAGUCACCACCGCGAUCCAACCUAUGUCGGUGUGAUUUGCACCAAGACCAACGUUAAAGACCUCGCACAGGAGGCCAUAGAGAACGCUCGAUUUGUCUGCGAGGACCAUUACGGCCUAUUCGAGGCUCCCCGGAUCCAGCUGGUCUGCAACCCUAACCUGGAUUUCAUGUACGUCCCGGGACAUUUGUCACACAUGCUCUUCGAAACUCUCAAGAACUCUCUCCGCGCCGUGGUUGAGACGCAUGGGAUGGACAAGCAAGAGUUUCCCGUCACCAAGGUGAUUGUGGCCGAGGGUAAAGAAGAUAUCACCAUCAAAAUCUCGGACGAAGGUGGUGGCAUACCACGAAGCGCCAUUCCGUUGGUCUGGACUUACAUGUACACAACCGUCGACCGCACGCCCAAUUUGGACCCAGAUUUCGACAAGAGCGACUUCAAAGCCCCCAUGGCUGGCUUCGGUUACGGUCUGCCCAUUUCAAGACUAUACGCAAGAUACUUUGGCGGCGACUUGAAGCUGAUUAGCAUGGAAGGUUAUGGAACAGAUGUAUAUCUUCAUCUGAACCGCCUGUCGUCAUCCUCGGAGCCUCUACAGUAG